GGGCAGCGGUGAGGGUUUCGUGUCAACUGGCUGCUGCAGAACGUUUCCCCGCCUCAGAGGCCAUAAAGGAGUCCAAGGAUCAGGGAGACGCAACAAAAAGACUGGAGCGGCAGCAACGGACGUCCAGUCUUCUCCACCUGCAGAGCUGCACCACCGCUCCCAGAGACCACAGGAGUAUGGACGCCACCAUCAAGAUGAAGAGCAUCCUGAAAACUAGCAAAAAGUUGGAGGACGGCAGCAGGACCCAGAGCAGCUCCAUCGGGGCCCUGCGCUGGACCCUGCCAGAGGAGAACGUCCAGGCCCACAGCUCGGCCCCCAGCAGACCCGCCCGCCCCAACAACCUCACCAAACGCGCACAGCAUCAGCAUCCUCGCCAGAAGGGCCUGAAGGAUCUGCGCAGCCUGCAGGAGUGCGUGUUGUUCAUCCAACACUGGAAAAAGCAAGUGGACCAAGUGUGCAAGGGCGGAGUGGACGCAGAGGAAGGCCCCAGUAAGAAGGAGGCAAAAAGUUCAGACCCGCGUACCGAGAAAAGUCUCGAGGAGAGCAGGAAACUGAUCCUGGAGUGGGCCGGCGAACUCCGUCACGUCGACAAGCUCCUGACAAAAAGCGAAGAGGACAAGGACGGAAAUGAGGAAGCACAAGGGAGGAUCAUGGAGUGGGCGAAGGAGCUGCAGGAAGCAACUGAGAGCUGCGGUGUUCAGAGCGAGGAUCUGGGCAAAGUGCUGCGUCUCUUGGGCCUGAAGAAGAAGCGGCUGGUCAAGCUGAUGCCUCUGCUGGAGUUCAUCACCUGGUCUCUGCUCAAGGAAGACAGCACGAGGAUGAUUCCACAAGUAUGGUUACUGGCAAAGCAAAAGACCUGGAUAGCAGGGAUUCCAAGAUAUAUCCCCAACUCAGUUUGGAGUUGGAUCUGCAGUGCCUCAGCCGAUGUGAUUCUUGACCCCAUGACCAGCCACCCGUGGCUGCUGGUGUCGGACGACCAGCGCAUGGUGCAGGAGGCCCACACAGCGUCUGAGCUCCCCGACAACCCCCAGCGCUUCGACAGCUGGCCAUGCGUGCUGGCCUGGGAGGGCUACAGCAGCGGCCGCCACUACUGGGAGGUGGACAUAGCCAACCACGGCUACUGGCGCGUUGGACUGACCACCGGCGUCUCCAAGCGGCAGGGGCGCUUCCCGAUGAACCCCAAGCAGGGCUUCUGGACCCUGUGGCGCAGCACACACGACUUCUUCGCCUGCACUAAGCCGGAGACGCCGCUGCCGGUCGGCCUUGUGCCUCAACGUAUGGGGAUCUACUUGGACUACGAAGAAGGACAGAUCUCCUUCUACAACGCAGGAACGAAGUCUCACAUCUACACCUUCAAUGGAACCUUCAGGGAGACGCUGUACCCUCUGUUUGCUCCGCUGGAUGGUCGCACGCUCAUGAGAAUCAUGCCCCCAGACGAGAUCUCAAACUGAGAGAGAUGGACCUCCAGGAGAUUUAUUGGACAAUGAAAAUCUAAUCUGACUUUAAGGAAGUGCUGUUUAAAAGCAGAGUCACCAGUUACAUCUUAAAUUCACAUGAUUUAAACCGGAGUUAAAGAAAGAUAAAGGACUGAACUACAUGUAGAUGCUAACGAUACAACAAAAGAAAAAGUUUACUGAUCAUAGCACAAUAAAAAAUACAUAAAUGUUAGAAAUUAUGAAUUUUUUAUAACAAACUAUAAAAGCUAAAAAGAGUAUAUAUUAAAAGAAUUAUCUUUGACAAUCAAUUUUUAAAGAAGAAGUAUUUAAAGAGUAUUUUCUCUGACAGUUACACGAACAUGCAGACAUACACACAUGCACUUCCACAUAUACACAGCAAACACUUCAUGUUUAUACAUUUCACAGAGGGAAGUUAUAAUUAAAUGUGUAAAUCGUAUUUAUUAGAAUAUAAA